AUGUCUGAAGAAGUAAUAACUGGAUUUGUAAUUUCGGUACUAUGUCAAAAAGAUAACAUGAUACGUCGUGAACUAAAUGCACAGACAAUCACGAGCCGUGCCCAAUUAUUCCGCAUCCUUGGUGGAAUAUCACUGAAGAGACGCUUGGAUGCCGAAGCUCAAGAACCUGAAGCCAAGCGAGUUCGAUUGGUUGAGAAGUUCUCUGGCAAGUGUCAUUACUGCGGAUUAAAUGGACAUCGUAUAGCGGAGUGUCGAAAACGACGCAAUGAUAGGGAAACGAAAACUCAAGAGCCUUCAAGUUCAUCACGUUUAGUGGAAAAGAAGCCAGCUGUUACUUGCUACGCCUGUGGACAGCCUGGCCAUGUUGCGACGGCCUGUCUAAAUAAGAAGAAUAGUAGUGCAGCCACAGUCAAGGAAGUCCAGCAAUGCGAGCACAGGCCCUCCAGAG